AUGUCAAUUAACUAUGUUCCUCCAAGCCAAAAAUUAUUCAACUCCAGACAUAGGAUUAGCAGACGCGAUCUGCAACAGUUCUCCAAUUUAAAUACGGAUUGGACUACGGUGCUCGAUGUUCCAAUAGACUUUGAUUCGCAGUUGAUCUCUUACGCAGUACCUGUGAUUGGUGAUGUAAGUCAGCAGCCUACUAAAACGCAUUCAAGUGUUAGUAAGAGAUCGACCGCGAAUUGUUCCAAAUACAGCAUUUCGAGUGAUUAUACAGAUACGAGCAGUGUAUUUGAACCUGAUUUGAAAAUAAGAAUGCUAGGAAAUGUAAGCCUUGAAUCACUGGUACAAGAAAAUAAAGAAAAAAUAUCGAGUCGACAAGAAUCUAUAGAUCUUUUCGAAUCAACUGGACAACAUGAUGAAGCGCAAAGAUUGAAGCGUGCAACUAAAAAGGAAGAUCUAAAAUUAAGAUGUGAAAAUAGGCAGUUACUGGUACGAGAAGAUUUUCUCGCAAAAAAAUGGGAAGCGAUUCGUAAAGACGAUGAUUAUGAGAGACUUUUGUUCGCAAUGCGAGCGUCUGGAAUAUUUUGGUUUGGAGUACCGGGAGAUAUCAGACGUCCGAUUUAUGCAAAGUGUCUGUACGAUUGUGAUGUCACACAUAUCCAAAACAGGGAACUAUAUGAAAACAUAUCAAAGUGCCUGAAAGGGGACGAUAGAUUAUCGAGACAAAUAUACUCCAACUUGAGUCGCAGUCUUGAAUGGUUCAAUACGAAUUCGCCUUGCAAAUUUAGUAAAGUUCUCGAGACUCGACUGCAGCAAAAAUUCAGUGGAUUGUAUUACCAUUUAAAAGAAACUGUUAAAAAAUCAAUCUUUUCCGAGUUUUUAAAACCACUAAUAGUGAAUGGAAUAACUAAUGCUAUACGAGAUCAUCAUCAAGAUGAAUUAGGUUUAGAAAUACUUGACGUACUCAUAUUCUCAAUGUACACCAGAGAACUGGAAACGGUCAUCUUAGAUGAUUUCUUAAGCAAUAUGCUGAUGCAAACGUACCAUAAAUUCUUCAGCAAUGACUCAGAGGUAUUUGAUAAGCAAUUAUUGAACAUUAAGGUUGAACCGGUGCAAGUGUUAGAAGCAAUACGACAGAAACAUGGUAAAUCAAUAAUAAAUUCACUCAGGCAUGUCACGUGA